CGAGUCGGCCGGUUGGGGGCUGGACCUCCGCCUCUCCCUGCGGGGGGCAGCCGCCGCACCGGUCGUGGCUCCGCAUCUCCAAAAGGGGCUCUCCGACUCCUCGCGAGGCAAGUCCGGCGCCGGGUCGUGGAGCCCCACACGGCUCUCGCCGGUCCCUGAACGGGAUCCCACCUCCCCGGAGUUGCCAGCAACUUUACCCUCUCCCUGGCGCUGUGGUGGCUCGGGGACUGUGGGCGCCUCAAGUAGCUGAACCCUGGGGGCCCCACUCCCCGCUCCUUGAGUGCGUGCGCACAUAGGUCGCCGCUCCCCCUCCAGGUGCACGCUGGGGGUCUCCGGGCUCGGCGCUGCGGGCGAGAUGCCCCUGGGACACAACAUGAGGCUGGAUCUGGAGAAAAUCGCCCUGGAGUACAUCGUGCCCUGCCUGCACGAGGUCGGCUUCUGCUACCUGGACAACUUCCUGGGCGAGGUGGUGGGCGACUGCGUCCUGGAGCGCGUCAAGCAGCUGCAUUGCACCGGGGCCCUGCGGGACGGCCAGCUGGCCGGGCCACGCGCGGGCGUCUCCAAGCGGCACCUGCGGGGCGACCAGAUCACGUGGAUUGGGGGCAACGAGGAGGGCUGCGAGGCCAUCAGCUUCCUCCUGUCCCUCAUCGACAGGCUGGUCCUGUACUGCGGGAGCCGGCUGGGCAAAUACUACGUCAAGGAAAGGUCCAAGGCAAUGGUGGCUUGCUACCCAGGAAAUGGAACAGGUUAUGUUCGACAUGUAGACAACCCCAACGGGGACGGCCGCUGCAUCACCUGCAUCUACUAUCUGAACAAGAACUGGGACGCCAAGCUACAUGGUGGGGUCCUGCGGAUAUUUCCAGAAGGGAAAUCAUUCAUUGCUGAUGUGGAGCCCAUUUUUGACAGACUUUUGUUCUUCUGGUCAGACCGCAGGAACCCACAUGAAGUCCAGCCUUCUUAUGCAACCAGAUAUGCUAUGACUGUUUGGUACUUCGAUGCUGAAGAAAGGGCAGAAGCCAAAAAGAAAUUCAGGAAUUUAACUAGGAAAACGGAAUCUGCCCACAGUGAAGACUGACCGAGCUCUGAAAUCCGCUGGCCUCAUUCAUUUUAGUAACGGUUCCUGAACUCUCUUUAAAAGUUGAGAUCCAAAGAAGGCCUCUUCGGUGACUCAUUGAUAAGAAGCCCUCUUACUGCUUAUGUUGUUCACAUCCCUGUCUUGCAUAUGGUACUCUGUGUUUUCUUGCCAAGACUGUAUCUACCUUCAGACACUCUUUCCUGGAUGAGCUCAUUUGCUAAUUCCAGAAAUACGUGCACAUGACCUAGCUGGCCAGCGGUUUAACUGAUAAGAUUAGGUAUACUGGCUAUCAAAACAAGAGCCUGGAAGUAUGGGAGAGGGAAUGAAUCUUACUUGCACUUUAUGUACACUUCCUGAUUUGAAAGGAAGAGGUUUGCAAAGGAAAAAAAUGUUAACUGAUGCCACAAAGCGGCAUCACUAAAGCCUUAACAGCAGGAACAGAAAUUUGUGUCAUAUGAACAAUUCCAGAUGUUCUUAAUGCAGAGCUGUUGGGGUUUCUGGAGCAUGGUCACAACCUAAUGACAUUAUUACCUCUAGAAAGGGCUGCUGUCACAGUCAUCAAUUUUAUAAGUAUCCUGUGGGUGAACUCCUUUUUCCUGGUCCUGCAACCUGGACCUACUGUCUCUGCCCCGUUUUCUGAAAUUAUGACUUUCUGAUCACAAUAACAUUUAUUUUCUAUUUUUGCUUCUUACUUGGAGAACUUCAUUCCCCAGAGGCAAACACUAGACAUUAAUUGUUGCGGUUGCUUUGUUGAAAUGGACUUUAAAUUUAAAUCAAAGGGAAAAAAGUCUUACCUGGUAGUUUAGAAUCAACAACCUCUGAGAGUGGUGUCGAAAGACCUGGGCCUACUGAUAAACCAUAAAUGUGCACUUCUUAAACAACUUGAGAGUGCAGAUGGAGUUGGAGUGCGUAUUCCCGAUUUUCAGUUUUCCUUUUGAAUGAGCUCACCUUUCUUCUUUAACAAAAUAAAAAGAUAAAAAAUGGAAUGCUGUAUUUUAAAAAGAAAAUAGAAAUAAAAAAUUCUGAAAA